CUCACUCUCACAAAUAAAAAAGAGCCUCUUCUCCUUCUCUCUCUCUGCCUUCCCUGGAAAGAAAGAAACUUUUCAAUCUCGCCACCACCACCACCAUGGAUCCUGGAGAUCCUACUUCCAUACUCUUCACAAAGAUCAGAACUUUAGAACCAGAUUUCGCCUCCAAGAUCAUUGGCUACUUGCUCUUACAGGACUUGGGCAACACUGACUUGAUUCGUCUCGCUCUUGGACCAGACACUCUCUUACACUCCGUCUGUCUCAAGGCUAAAUCCGCUUUGGGUCUCUCCUCCUCCAACGGAUCUUCUUCCAUCUCCAGACCCAUUAACAUCCAGAGGAAUAAUGGGUUUAUGGAGUUCCCGAGGAACAGCCCUCUGUCUCACACUCCUUCUGGGUUCCAAGAAAGUUCGUCUCUUUUUGCUUCGGACAGCGAUGAGCAGCAGCAAGUGGGUAACUACUUGUCCUUUCUCAACAACAACAACAACGACGACGAAUCUGCGGAUCUGUUUGGGUUCUCUGGUGACAAUGUGCACAAGAGGAGUUUCUCAGCGAGUGAUGUUUGUUCAGAGGAGACCGGGUUUGCCGGAGGAGGCGGUUACGGUCGGUUCGCUCACGGUUUAGGUGAUGAUUUUGAUUCUCUUCCUGGUCCGGAUUACGUUAGCAGUAGACAGCAAGAGGAGGAGAUAGCAGCGAGGAUGAAACUUGCUCAGCGGCAGAGGUUGGCCGCUGCUCAGUUCUUGGCGGCUAGUGGUGGUGGUGGUUCUCCUUUGUCGUAUGAUAAAGACAUUAACUUUCUCUUGCAUUCGCGUAAUGGGUUUAGAUCAGGAGGAGGAUUUGGGGAUGAGGGUUACUGGUUGGGUAGUCCAGGGAGACAUGAAAGGGAUGAGUUUAUGGGGAUGAUGGGAGAUAAGUCUACUAACUCUGCUUCUAAACAGAUUUACUUGACGUUUCCAGCUGAUAGUUCCUUCACUGAUGAAGAUGUCUCCACCUACUUUGGAAAUUUUGGAGGAGUGCAAGAUGUUAGGAUUCCAUACCAGCAGAAACGAAUGUUUGGGUUUGUGACUUUUGUCCACUCUGAAACUGUGAGGAUCAUAUUGGCUAGAGGAAACCCUCAUUUCAUCUGUGACUCACGUGUGCUUGUGAAACCGUACAAGGAGAAAGGAAGAAUCCUUGAAAACAGGAGGCAGCAGCAGCAACUGCUGCAGCAUAUGGAGAGGGGCAACUUUUCUCCUGGUUCAAGUCCAUCUGGAAUGGAUGCUAGGGAUCUCUUUGAUUCCCACCUCGCAGCACCGAGGAUGUUCUCUAACACACAGGAGAUGAUGAUGAUGAGGAGGAGAAAAGUUGAGGAAGCUGAUUUGCAAGAAGCAUUAGAAUUCCAAAGAAGAAGGUUGCUUAAUCUGCAGUUGCCUGACAUGGAUAGCGAGACGUUUCACCAUCAUCACCACCAGCGCAGUCUUUCUAUUGGCUCUCCUGUUCAUUUUCCCUCUCGCAGUGUUAAUCAAAGCAUGCUCUUUCGAUCAGAAAAUGCUGGUGAAGAAAUCAUACAAGGUCAUUCAGGGCGUUUUCAGUCUGAAGCAACCCGAUCUUUUCUUACUGAUACUGAUAAUAACAACAGCCAAGAAGGUGGUUACAGUAACCAUCUCAACAACGGGAACGAGACAAGUCUGGAGAAGGCUCUGCCUGAUUGCUUCUUUGCUUCUUCCCCAUCAAAGACUGCUGAAACCCAACAGCCAGAGUCUAAGAAAGAGAAGUGUGCUAAUCUCUCUGUUACUGUGGAAAACAAGUCAGCUUCAACAGUUGAAACAGUCUAGCUAAUUGGGUCGAUAGUGGCGAAAAAGAAACAGAGUGAAUGCGUGAAAAAGAAAGUAGAGAGACUGAUAAAAAAGCAUCUGAGUAGAAGAUUUUUUUUGUCUAUAUGUAGAAGAAGCUAAAGCCGGUUUUAUAUAAACAUGGAACAGAAAGAAAGAGACCAAUUAGGAUUUUUUUACAUGUCUCAGAAAAAAAAGGCGGUUGUUGCAAUAGGAUUACAACUUAGUACUAACCUCAGAUAGGAAGGAACAAUACUGUGACACACUCAAACCUUAAAAAGUUUUAAGCUUUUCGUCUUUCAUUGAUGAUUGUUUUUACCUU